AUGCCUCCAAAAGUGAAUGAAUCUAUGCAAUACAGAGAGAAUCGAUUGGAAACAUUUCAAAAUGGUUCUUUUCAGUACAAAUCAAAGCAAAAACGGUAUUGGACGCAUCGUGUACCUGAUAUUGUACAAUUGGUAGAUUGUGGUUUCUACUUCACCCCAACGAAAAUAAAUAAUGACCAAAUAACGUGUGUCUGUUGCAGAAAGAAAGAAACGAACGUGGAAGGAAUAACGAAUAUUGCUGAUUACCAUCUAACCAAUAAUCCUCUGUGUCCCUUGGCUCUAAUUAUAUCGUCGCAGAUAAACCAUUUGUCAAAUAAUAUUCAAGAUUUUUGGCGGCAUCAACCUUCAAAGUUCAGCAAUCCUUUGAGUAAAGAGUCAAUUGACUUAAGAAAAAAAACUUUUGGCAAGCAUUGGAAAUUUGAUCAAAAUAAGGCGUCUGCAACAACUAGUACAAGUUUAGCGAAAGCUGGGUUCUACUAUUGCCCACUAAGAUACGGAAAUGAUAGAGUGCAAUGUGUUUACUGUAAUUGCUCAUUAGAUACAUGGCUACCUGAUGAUAUUCCAAUAGAAGAACACAAGAAUAAUUCCAACGGACCGUGUUAUUUCUUGGAGAUCGUUGACGAAUAUAAGCCCAGAUCAAGAUCUAAUUCUAAGUCAUUGCAGGAUGCUGAAAUCAAACAAACAGUUGAGAAGAAAGAAGACAAUUUAGAUAUAAAUAGAGCCCAUAAGACUAAACCUACAGAAUCCGGUAAUGAGAGUCUAAUCAUUCUGUUCCAUGAUGAUUCUAUGUCGGAUGAUUCUGAAGACACCAAUGUAACCAUCGCUCUGUCUAGAAAGAAAAUACUUGAAGAUUCACCGAAGAAAAUAAAAAAAAAAUCUUCUUCAAAUAAUUCCAAAUAUAAAUCUCUUUCUCAGGAAGAAACAGCUAUAUUAGAAGGUGAGAAUGAAUAUCAAAGUGAUGACUAUCAAGACCACAAUAUUUCAAUCGAUGAGUCGGUUGAUAUAAGUAGUGGGCGCAUGACUAGGUCCAAACGUAGGAUACUUGCUCGUGAAUCCAAAAAAGGCUCUCAAAUACAGAGCGAUCCAAACGAAGAACAGUUAGGAAGAGAUGACAAUAGUGACAGCAUGGCAUACGAUCAGAAAAAGGAGAUAGCUGGAAAUCAAGAGUUCACCUAUCAAAACUCCCGUCCACUAGAAGAAGAAGAUGAAAAGGAAGUAGAAAAGGAAGAAGAAGAAAUAUCAGGUAGCGACAAUGAAAAUGUCGUUAGCAUUAAUAAGGAAUACGAUAUAGCAGAUCGUAGUAAACAAAUUGACUUAGAUAGAGAAGAAGAACUUAAAAAUGGAAAAAUGUCCUUUACAGAGAAUAAUGUUAAAACUGAACUCUCAGAAGACUAUUCGAGCAAUGACAAAGAAUUUGCAAAAGCUGAACUUGCAAGAGAUCGAAAUACUUCUGAGAUACAAAACGGUAUGAAAUCUCCUCAGAAGCUUGUUAGAAAUGAAAAGAAAACCGUGGAAAUUAAUCAUAUAGAUGAUAUCAAGGAUGAUGAUGACGAUGGUGACGAUGAUGACGAUGAUGACGAUGAUGACGACAAUACUAAAGAUGCAUACCAACUGGGUUCCGAUGAUUUAAACGAAUUUGGUGAUGAUUCAUAUAAUGAGAGUGAAACCAAUCCUUCUGAUAGUCCGAACCGUUCGCUUGUGGUUAAAAAACCAGAAAUAAAACACAGGAAAAAUCGUAGACACAAAUCACGAAGAAAUGAGUUAGUAGAUGAGUCUAUCAGCAGUCGUACUAGGCGGGGAAAUAGAUCUAACAGAACCCGGAAACUAAAGGUUGAGAUGAAAAGAUUAAAAAAUGGCAAUUCUGAUGCAACUUUUAAUAAUAUCGAUGAAGAUUCUGGCUCAAACAUGAAUUCUAGUUUCCAAACGGAAAGUAGUGAUGAUGCUGAUUAUCAUUUAUCAGAAAAUAAAGAAUUUGAAAUAUCAGAAGCAGCACCCCAAAAAAUAAAUGAAAAUGCUUCAAAAGAAAAAUUGAAGAAACGGAGUCGUAAAGAAUUGAUAGAUAACGUAUCCUUCGAUGAUGAAAGAUUUAAACAGAUCCUUGAGUCACCUAAGAAAUCUAAGAAACUAAAAAUUUCCGAUAAGAGAUAUUCGCCAUCGCCUCCUAUAUAUGAUUUGUCAAACCAAAACAUAGGUGAUUACGAAGAAGAUAAUAUUCAGUUUCUCGAAAAUGAUAUCAGGCCUGCGAUCAGAAAUGGUCCUAUAAUAAAACCUGAGCAGUCCACUGAAAAGGCACUGACAGCUUCACUCGUUUUAAGCACGUUGAAUUCAGGUUCACAGAGAAAAUCUAACCCUAAAAGAUCAAAGCUAUUAAACAAAUCCGUAGGGCAAAAUAAAUCCAAGAAAAAUAAUAACAAUAUUUUAGAUAUGUCGUUUGAUGAUUCAUCGAAUGAUAUUUUCGAUAAUGAUUCCGGGCCAUUUACAUUUGAUAUUAGAAAUCCCUUGUCUAAACCUUCACAGAACGAUAUUGGUGAAAAUAACAAUAUAGAAGUUACUGACACUAUCUAUACAGAUCAAGAGUCUGGGAUUGAUUUUUCAAAAGAGGAAGUUGAGAAUUCGCCUGUUAAUGAUGUUUUACCGUCCGAUAUUUCAGUGUCGUCAGAUAUUCAGAAUGAAGUGGUAAGCAACAAAGUCUAUGACGAAGAGGUAACAGAGUCUUUCAAACUCUUUGACCUAUCUAAAGGAGAUCAAGAUUUCUCAAAGGUUGAAGAUAUGGAAGAGCUUAGUUCACAGGAGAUUGACGAUAUCAGUCCAAACAGAGAAGAGGUUGCCAUCGAAGAUACAUAUAUGGAUGUGGAACAUGCCAUAGAUGAUAAAUCUUCGCUGCUAGUGAAUACUACCGCUUCUGUUAAAGACUCGACCAGAGUCCUGAAAAAAAGUCCCAGGCCGCUUGAAGAUGACAGUGUUAUUUUGUCAGACAAGCCUGAUAUACCAACGACCAUAUCAAGGUCUAACAAACCUUUAACUGAUGAUUCACCUCUAAAGGAUAAUGUGGAAUCUCUAGUAGUGAAGUCCCCACAAGAGAAGGUCCAGCAAAGCCUAGAAGACACAUACCAGAGCACAUAUAAUAAAGAGGAACUUUUGGACAAUAAUAACAGAUAUGAUAAAAGUGACCCUAACGAGCUUUCAAAAGUGGAGAAAUCGUAUGAUGUGAAAGUAUCACCCUCAACUAAUGAUAUGGAACAAAAUGAAACAAGCCCAACAGUCAAUGGACUGCAACAAAAAAUUCGCAGUGGGAGACCGGGUUCUCAGUCGGCUUACGAUGAUUAUAUUCAAGAUAUGGAAGAAAUAAAGAAUGGAAUGAGAUCGUCCAAUGCAUUUUCAAGUCCAACAAGAGCGUCUACAAAAGCAGAACAAAUGGAUAAUUCAGAGGGAACUGUGAAAAUUAAUCAUACUCAAAUUCCGGUCAAACAAGAAGUUAGCCUGUUUUUGAGUGGAAAAGAAGCAGAUUCCAUCGCUUUUGAGCCAGAUUCAGAUGAUGAUAAAUCAGACAAUGAUAGAAUGGUAAAAAAAAGAGUUUCGAAAUCUUUUCAAGCUCGUACGUCGCUUAAUGCAAUCGAUAGAUUUUCUGGAAACUUCGCUAAUCUUUUAGAAUCAAGCACACCCGAGAAAAAAGAGAAACCUGAUCUUCUGCAUGCACCUAAAGAACUACAAGGUCCGUUAAAAUGGGUUCCUGUAUCGUUAUCCAAUCUUUUAGAUAAUCUUCAAAACAUGGAAGCUGCUUCGGAGUAUUUGAACAAAAGUUUAAAUUCGAAAUAUGAUCUACAUGAUGAUUACGAUGGUGAACUAACAAAUUUGAUAUCCAGCAUGCCUGAAGAUGAAGAAAAUAUGACCAUACAAGAAUGGGUAAAGCACAAUGCAACAAAUUGUCAUAAGUUAGCUAAACAAACAUGCAAUGAAAUGAUUGAAGCUUUCAGAGCUGAGUCUUUGAGGGCUAUAAAAACCCUUGAACAAAUGCCUACUAGUGAUUAA